GCAGCCUUGGCCCAGGCUCUUUGGAUUGAUAUCAAGCGCAUGGAUAGCCCAGAAUGUUAUUUUAAUUCUCUGGCGAAGGAAUUAGAAGUAAAAAGAGACAGGAUGGUCCGUUUGCUUAACAGCGUUGGCCUGAAACCCAUCAUUCCUGAUGGGGGUUACUUCAUCAUCGCUGACGUGUCUUCAUUAGAUGCUGACCUCUCCGACAUGAAGAGCGAUGAGCCUUAUGACUAUAAAUUUGUGAAGUGGAUGACGAAAAAUAAGAAACUGUCAGCCAUCCCUGUUUCAGCAUUCUGUGACUCAGAGUCUAAAUCACAGUUUGAGAAGUUGGUGCGGUUCUGCUUCAUUAAAAAAGACAGCACACUGGAUGCUGCUGAAGAAAUCAUCAAGGCAUGGAGCAGCCCGAAGUCUUGAUGUGAACCUGUGUGCCUUCCCCAGCCUCUUGCAAGGGCUUACUACUGAGAGCUGCCCCCUCACAGGCACUAAAAGGAGACCAUCUGAAACAUUUCCACGGUCUUUCUAAAAUUAACCCUAUUCCUAACAAUAUCCAGUACAUUCUGGUUUUAUUCAGUUGGAAUAUAUUAAAACACCUUACACUGUAAA